CGCCAGCCCGCUCCAGCCUCCAACCCAUUCUUCGGCGGUUCGGCCCGGCCUGCACCCUGCAGCCACCAAGCAAACCCAGUGCUCUGCUUUCUGCAUUCCCCCCCGCCGCCACUCCGUCGGGCUUGAUGAGCCUCUGCUCCAAGCUCUUCGCGUUGCUCCGCAAGUCCCGCGCCCUCGCCACCAGCACCGCCGCCGCAGCCGCCGCGACAACCUCCGCGACGGCGUCGGCCAACGGGAUGGAGGAGGCUGUCGCCGCGGCGGGCCCGCUGCGCACGCGCGUCUGCAUCAUCGGCAGCGGCCCAGCCGCGCACACGGCGGCCGUCUACGCCGCGCGCGCCGAGCUCAAGCCCGUCCUCUUCGAGGGCUGGCUCGCCAACGACAUCGCCGCGGGUGGACAGCUCACCACCACCACCGACGUCGAGAACUUCCCGGGCUUCCCCGACGGCAUCCUCGGCGCCGACCUCAUGGAUCGCUGCCGCGCGCAGUCGCUCAGGUUCGGGACCAAGAUCCUCACCGAGACCGUCACCACCGUGGACUUCUCCGCCCGCCCCUUCCGUGUCGCCUCCGACGACACCGUUGUGCACGCCGACUCCGUCGUCGUCGCCACGGGCGCCGUCGCGCGCAGGCUGCACUUCGCCGGCUCCGACGCCUUCUGGAACCGGGGCAUCUCCGCCUGCGCCGUCUGCGACGGGGCUGCGCCUAUCUUCCGGAACAAGCCCAUCGCCGUCGUCGGAGGCGGGGACUCCGCCAUGGAGGAGGCUAACUUCCUCACCAAGUACGGCUCGCAAGUUUACAUCAUCCACCGCCGCAGCGACUUCCGGGCGUCCAAGAUCAUGCAGGCGCGCACGCUCUCCAACCCCAAGAUCAAGGUCGUCUGGAACUCCGAGGUCGUCGAGGCCUACGGCGGUGCGGAUGGCGGCCCGCUAGCCGGCGUCAAGGUCAAGGACGUCGUCACCGGCGAGGUCUCUGAUCUCCAGGUGGCCGGGCUCUUCUUUGCCAUCGGUCACGAGCCGGCGACAAAAUUUCUUGGAGGGCAGCUCGAGCUCGACUCUGAUGGGUAUGUGGUGACCAAGCCCGGUUCCACGCACACCAGUGUGCAGGGGGUCUUUGCAGCUGGGGAUGUCCAGGACAAGAAGUACCGCCAGGCCAUUACUGCAGCUGGAUCAGGUUGCAUGGCUGCUCUGGAUGCAGAGCACUACCUGCAGGAGGUUGGAGCACAGGAAGGGAAGACCGAUUGACUAUGUCUGGGCCAAGCUGCUCUUGGGCCAAGGAAAACUUCUCCGAAAGCCGCUCUCUAGUGGUGUAAACAGCACAUUAUUAUUUGGUUUUAGGCCUCAAAUUACGUUACAUUGGAAAUUGAUUUAUAUGAGCGUGCGCAAGCUUGUAUACAUUAUUCGCAUUGUUUAUUACUCUUAGAGUCUUAGUCAUUAAUCACACUUUGCUAAGUU